AUGGCGCUCAUUAACAACCCGAUUAGUCUGAAAGGGCCUGCAGAAGCUGUCCAUGGGUGGAUGUUCAUUGGGUACGCAUUCAACAUCCUCCUCAUGGGAGUGAUGGUGUCCCAGAUGUACAUGUAUUAUACCAAAUACAGAGACGACCGGACCUGGAUUAAAGCUCUGGUCGCAGGAAUAUUCGUCAUCGAUGUUAUCAAUUCCGUGUUCCUCUUCACUUAUUUAUACCGUUCCCUCAUUACCUUCUUCGGCGACGUCGAGUUCCUGCAAAAAACGGACUGGAUUCUAGCCACAGAUGCUUGGACAAUAGGAGUGAUCGCAUGCGCCGUUCAAUUAUUCUUCGCAUGGCGUAUCCUCGUCUUGACGAAGAACUGGAUAUACGUGGUGAUUAUCGCAGUGUUGGCCUUGGUCGGAUGCGGCGCCGCCAUCGCAGUCCCCAUCCGGACAGGCAACUUCAUUCACGUCACCGAAUUCCAUAAGAUUAGGACCGCCGUUACUAUAUGGCUGACAUGUGAAGUGGCAGCCGAUAUUGUGAUUACUGCAGUCCUUGUGUGGUACCUUGUAAGCUUCUUGCAGCGUGAACACAAGACCGGUUUCAAGCGCUCGGACAUGAUGGUCGACCGUAUUAUCCGAGUUACACUCCAAACUGGGCUCCUUACGAUGGUGGUCGCCUCUGUUGACCUGUUCUUCUUCCUCGCUGAUCCAACAGGGACCCACUUCCUCCUCAACUUUCCCCUCGCCAAGCUCUAUACCAACUCACUGAUGAGCAGCCUCAACUCACGGCACGGAUGGAAAUACAACGACACGACAUCUGAGGGGGUGGUCUCGGACAGCCAAGUCAACACGACGGGUGGCGUAAAGAAUCGGAUACAUAUGUCGAAUAUGAAGAAGACGGACGUCAUCGAGCCGAGCGUGAUUCGCACUCACCCCGCCGAGGUGUUCGUGCAUGUAGAACAACACGAGCUGCACGACGUCAAAGGGGGUGACAGGUUCGACGAGCCCCACACGCUCCAUUCGCGGUCGUCCGUCGAGAUCUCGGUUGAGGGAAAAAAGUGGGGAACGGACAAGGAUAUGUGGGCCUAA